AUGUCUAAAUAUAUUGCUAUUGCUCGUGAAGUUGUUUCGAGCCACAAGUUUGUUCAAUUGAGCGCCAGUUGGUGUCCCGACUGUGUGUACUCGAAUAGUGUUUGGAAGAAAUUCGGCGUUACGGACAAGAUCUUUAACUAUGAUAUUGCAGCAGUAACUAAAGAUAGAGCCGAGUGGAAUGAGAUUAGAGAUGCUUUCCAGCAGGUUACUGGUUCCAGAAAUUUGCCAACAUUGUAUGUUGAUGGUAAGGUUUGGGGAACAGAGGCAGAGUUACAUAAGUUCGAAAAGAAUGGAACAUUGAAAGCUGAAUUACAGAAGAUUGGAUUAGUGGAAUAA